UCUUUUCUUCUGGCUCAUUGUUGUUCUUGGAACAUUCAUUCAUCUUCGUCUUCUACAUCAUAUAUUUUAUCUAAGUUUUCUAAAGAUACUCCCAAUAGUUCUCAUAGUUUGCUUUAUAUUGUUCCUGUAAUGAUUCAUUUUUACAUAGUUCCAUUUGCCUGGCGAAUCUUUCCAUUAAGAUUUGUUGUUCAUACUCUUGCAUUGCUUCAAAAUCUUUUCUGUCUAGGUUUAAUGCUUGGUUAG